AUGGGCGCGUCAUCCGCCGACCUCGUUUACGGGCAAUCUCUGACAAUCCUGGGUGAUUUUGUCGAAGAUGUAAGACUCCUACGCGACGCCGUGGCACCCACUCUGGCAGAACGUCUGCUCAGUCACAUGGCCGGCCUCCAAGCGCACGCACUGACGUGGCACCGCACCGGGAAGAUAUUCAUCCACGCUGACUUGCAGCGCUGCACGCACGUCAUGUUGCGUACCGACGCAGUACGGCCACCUCUCCGACCGCCCUACAGUGGACCGCACCGCAUGAUCGCCCGAGGAGACAAAACGCUGGUCAUCGAGUGCAAUGGAAAGCCAUCGACAGUGUCAGUCGACCGUGUCAAACCAGCCUACAUCUUGCCCGCUCCAUCAGCCACGCAUUUCUUCGACCCGGCAGAAGAUCUGAUUAUGGACGACACUCCCUCUGCCAGCAGUCAGACGGAAUCCGCACCCGGAGCCGCUGUCAUUGCGCCGCCACGUGCGCCUCCCACCACCACACUCAGGCAGCUGGCACGGCCACCUCGACCGCGCCUACCACAGGCGCACCGGUCGCCCCCACCACAGCCGCCAGCGGACAACGUCACGCGCGCCGGCAGCCGCGUCAGAUUCAAACGGCCGUGCUGCAUCGCCAGCGCGCCACGACACCCAAACCGGCAAUCACGCACUCGACCCGCCGAACGCCGUCAAAAUUCGGCGCCCACGAGCCGCCGUCCGUUGUAG